AUGGCAUCCAGGCUGUCCCGAAGCCUGACACAGGUCAAUCGCCAUGAUUUCACUAGGUUAUCGGCCCGCGCGAUCCCUCGCGUUGCGACCGUUAGUGCGCGUGCUGGCUUACUGGCACAUCGCAAUACCCGUAACGUCGCGCCUUGGCCCUGCCGCGUAAAGCAAGCCAAUCCCGCGCGAUAUGCCCAUGCAGAGUCUGCUCCAUCGGGGGGACCCGAGGUUGGCAUUCUCGACGCUACUGGUUACAAAGGAUCGACCAUUACAGAGAAACAUUGGGCGGAGCAGGACGUAGGAGUUGUGGACGGCUUGAUUGAACCGCAAUCUGUGUUACAUUUUGUUGAAUUCAUCACGUCUGGUAUUCUGCCGAACGGGAAGAAGACCGACUUAGCAUUGCUCAAUGCAGAUGAAUUCGCACUAUUCAUGGCCCCGAGUUCACAGUGGGCGCCUGCACCGUUCAACAAGGACGACCUCCCAAUUGUGCAAAAGGCAGUCCAGCGAAUCACAGGCCCGGUGGAUUUGGCCGGAGUGUGCCGAAUUGGGCAUAACAUCCACUUCCUCAAACGUCGCCUCUGGGGAGGCCUUGCCCCCGUACCCGCGUCGCGCUGGCGCGAGAAGGAUCUCAGCAACCCGAAACAUUUUUCAAUCGCCCACGAACACCUGACCUCCGUCAUUGCCGUCUUCGAGUACCUCAAUCUUCCUCAGAUCCGGGCUAACAUGUGCACAACCUUCAACAAGGUUUCUGGUGACUUUUGCGCAAUGCAAGAGGCCUUGAAUGCUCGGCGCAUGACCCAUGGGGUUUCCGGUGAGAUCGACCUCACUGCUCUCUGGGAAGAAUUCAUUCGCGCACAGUACGAAGUCAUGACCAGCACCGCCCAUUCAUGGGUCUUGGCCCAAGUUGCCGAAUUGCGUGAACGGGCAUUGGACAGCUUCAAUGGGAUCAAGACCGAGGAUCCAAACACUCCAAAGAUGGAAUUGUUCACCAAGCGGUGGACUGACCUCAUUAACGUCACUUCGAUGGCGGACUUCAAUAUUUGGAUGUCCAUGGACGGGUACAACGGCUACCAUGCACCCUCCGAGAUCGUCGCUGGGCUACACAACCCAGACCUCAAGAAUCAAGACAAGAACUACGGCUUUUCCAAGCUCUUGAUGGACCGACUCAAGGAAUGUAUUGAGGCUCAGAACGAGGCUGCAAAGGUCCAAGGUCCAAGUGCGACGGAGAGUGAGGCAGCCCGGCGCGAGCGCAUUUCUAUUAGCUCAGUAGUACAGGAUGAACUGCGUGAAAAGAUCCGCGGCCGCACGCCAUCCCCACAGCCACCUGCGCAGCCAUGGAUCCAGCAACUUCUUCGUGCACAGGAGGCUAGCUUGAGCUUGGACCCCUUGGAAAGAGAGGACUACGGCUUCGGACUGGCAGUUUACCGCGCAGCAAACGUCUCCGAUGAGAAGUGGGAACAGCUGCAGCGGAACGUGGAAGCUCACUUCUCGACAUGGGUUGAUGGCGUCCAGCGCGCCGACGAGCUGAAACCAUCGCUCAAAUUGCAUUGGUUUGAUGGCAUUGAACUAGGCUUCGACCCUAUUCAACCCGUCCACGCAGCAAGGAAACACUACCAAGAGAUCCGGUCCUCGGACGAGUGGAGCCAUAAACUAGCACCAUCUGUUUUCCUUCUCAUCGAUCACAUGAGUGUAGGCUCAUAUACUGACGAGGCAAUCUCAGCCACCUUCGCAAAGGGGGAAGGCUUUCUGGAAGCUGACUUCCAAGGCCAAGUCCUAGCAGUUGACCCAGACUUUGAUGAGAGUGCCACUGCAAGUGAAACUGCAAACGAGACAGCCAAGGAAAAUGCCCAAGAAGCUUCCCUGACAUACAAAGGCCGGAUGCGCAUCCUGGGUAACCUCGUCUGGAGCGAGCUGUAUCCUCUGCUGAUGCUGCAGUCCGUGGGACUUGAGCAUCUCUGGCUGCAGGCCCGGGACCAUCCGUUGAAGGUUUAUACUGGCCCGACUGUGCCUAGUCAGGUUGAGGAGUGGAAGCAGAACAAUGCCGUCAAAACUCUCAUGAUGGAUAGCUUUGUGGAGUUCCUCAAAAAGAAGGACCCCAGCCUAGCAGGAAAGGUCGACGUGAUGAGAAAGGAGGGGUCCCUUUGUUAA